ACCGCUCCUUCAAACGGAGGGCUGCCGGGACCAAGCAUCAGGCUCUGUUUAUCUAAAAGAUAUAAAGUUCUUAAUGUAAUCUUUCGUAAAUCUUAAUAAGUAUUUACACGUUCGCAUUGAUUGACUCCCACCAUCCAACAAUUAGUCACACUGAGUGCCCAGUGGGGUGUUGGAGCCACGGGCAGGGGGACGGCUAGUCCGUCAUUGCGCCCUGUCAAUGGGAAAGAGUAUACACUGGACGCUGGACAAGACACUAAAUUGGGUAUCCCUCCAGUGAGCGUAAACUAACACCUGUUCGUAGCUGUCAGCCUGAGCGAGAAGAUAUGACAGAGGCGGCCGUGACAGAAUAAACGGAGAAGCUUCACUGGUUUGGCGGGCUAUUGGGCGCCAAAAUGGUAGCUCAGAAGGACCACAAAAAGGAAUAUCUCACUGUGAAAGACCUGGAGAAACUUCUAGAUUCUUGCAAGCUGGAUCUGCAUCAGAUUGAUGAAGUGUGGCCAAACUUGUACAUAGGAAAUGUAUCCAUUGCCCAAAACAAGACUGCCUUACAGAAUUUAGGUAUCACACAUGUGUUAAAUGCUGCCCACUCCAAAAGGGGCAGUAUUGGAGACCAAAGAUAUUAUGGCAACAACUUUGUGUAUUGUGGUAUUCCAGCAGAGGACUCCACUCACUUUGACUUGGACGAAUACUUCCGACCAGCUGCUGAUUUCAUUCACAAAGCUCUAAAAACACCCGAUGCCAAAGUUCUGGUGCACUGCAUCAUGGGAUUGAGCCGGUCCUCCACCCUAGUGCUGGCAUACCUCAUGCUCUAUCACCAUCUGCCCCUACGCAGGGCUCUCCAGAAAGUGGUCAAGAAGAGGGCCAUCUACCCCAACAGAAACUUCCUGGCCCUGCUACUGGAUCUGGACCUGCAGCUCAACCGCAAAAAAAAGACCUGCGUGCUCCUGUGAUGGCGGUCGGCUGAGAGCUGCCCACUGGACUUUACAGGAAAUAUAUGACCUUUAUGUCUGUUUUUUUUUUUUAAUACCCAAGCUGGAGUGCAUUGAAGUCAUGGUGACAACUAGUAACAUGGUGGUAGGAGAAAGUCUGAGUGGUUUUCAAUAUGCCCAUAAUUUUACUGUGAAAGAUUUCUGUUGAUUCUUUAUUGUUGUUGUAGUAGAAGUGAUUAGGUUUCUGUUUCUCAUCUCUUUUAAUAAUUGUUUUCCUUUUGAAAAGACAGAUAGAGUUACUGCAGUGCAAAAGGGUUGCUCCCUAUGGAGGAACCUUUGGGGGUGUUUCUGUGGUAUUGCAGCUGUUGGAAGAAGUUGCAAAAGAUGCUCUGUGUUCAGGGAACAAACACUUUGACAAAUGUAAAAAUGUGUCUGGCUUCACACACCACACACACACACACACACACACACACACACACACACACACACACACACACAAAUAGGGUGAAAGUCAAGGUCACAACUCCCUAGUCUUUAGUCUUAAGUUCAGCUGUAAUGUUAUUUUACGUCUCCAAAAUCACUAAGGCAACAUUACCUAUGUAACCAAGAGGACCAAAGCCCAUUUGAAGAGACAGAGUCUGUAAUAAACAUGGACUUUCAAUCAAAA